ACAUCAAACUGACAUAUCGAAUGGGUCAGUAAAAAAUAUAAGUAGGUAGGAAAUUGAAUAUCGAUUUACUUCUGUAUAAUUCGGAAUAAAGAUUAAGUUAUGUGAAAGUAAUUGUUUGGAAAAUGCGAAUAUGUUCGUCGUCUUAGUGUUCUGAUGGUGUGGAAUUGAGUACCUAGCUGUGGAGGGCACUGGUAAAGGGGAUGCGGUGGUGAAGUGCACGAUGGCGGCCGACACGGCGGUGUCCGCCAGCCCCGAGGAGACUUUGGAGUCCCUGUUACGAGAAGUCGAAGCACUUAAGCAAAAGCUCGAGGAGGAACGCCAGAAACUUAAUGAUGUCUCGUUAUCGAGUAUUGCUGAGAAACUGGAGCCCAUAACAUUCCCAAAUCUGAAGUUACGCAGAGUGCUGAAAGGGCACCAGGCUAAAGUAUUGUGUUCAGACUGGUGUCCUGAUAAGAGACACAUUGUUUCCUCUUCACAGGAUGGUAAAGUCAUAAUAUGGGAUGCAUUCAAUGCAACCAAAGAAUCAACAAUCUCAAUGCCCAGCACGUGGGUAAUGGCUUGUGCCUAUGCCCCAUCCGGGACAUUGAUUGCAGCUGGGGGUUUGGACAACAAGGUCACAGUGUUUCCUAUAGGAGGAGAUGAGGAGCCUGGCGUACGUAAGAGGACUGUGGCCACGCACACGUCGUAUAUAUCGGCCUGCUUGUUCCCAAACACGGACAGGCAACUGCUCACCGGCAGCGGGGAUGGUACUUGCGCCUUGUGGGACGUGGAAUCAGGGCAGUUGUUGCAGAGUUUCCAGGGUCACGCAGCGGACGUGAUGUGCCUGGACCUGGCCCCGUCCGAGAUGGGCGACACGUUCGCGUCGGGCUCGUGCGACCGCUCCGCGCUGGUGUGGGACAUGCGCACGGGCCAGCCCGUCCAGGCCUUCGACACCCAUCUGUCGGACGUGAACGGGGUCAAGUACCACCCGUCCGGCGACUCGAUCCUGACGGGCUGCGACGACUCCGUCUGCAGGCUGUUCGACCUGCGGGCGGACCGGGAGGUGGCGCGCUACGGCAAGGACAGCAUACUGUUCGGGGUGAACUCGGUGGAGUGGUCGGUGAGCGGGCGGCUGGUGUUCGCGGGCUACAGCGACUACACGGCGGGCGCGUGGGACGCCGUGCGGGCGGCGCGCCUGUGCGUGCUGUGCGGCCACGAGCACCGCGUGGCGCGCCUGCAGCGCUCGCCCGACGGCACGGCGCUCGCCACCGCCUCCUGGGACGCCACCAUCAGGAUCUGGGCGUAAACUCAUCACACGAGCAAUAACGCGUGAAUCUGAUUCUUAGUCACCGAGCGAUUUAAUUUCUCCGUACGCCAUUUUAAUGGCCCGCUCCUUUGUAUCGAUGUUUCUAUCUAUUAUCGAUGCGUUCAAAUGCAAAUAUUUUGAACCAAAGAAUUCUCAAGAUUUAACUUAUAGUUUUUAUUUUGUUAGAACUGCGAAUAGAUAUGAUUUAAAGAUUACUUAUAUGUGUAGAGACAUGUACUUACUUUAGAAGAAAACACAAUAGCAUUAUCAUAAAAAAACGAUAAAGUUGUUUGUUAAUUUAUUAACUGGACAACUUUUUCGGAUGCACACAAGGCAUGUGAGAUUGUGGUUACUUUAAAUUGAAUUUCAGAAAAUUUCCGCGAUUUACGUCAAUACGAUGCUUCAGAAAUGUCAAGUUAUUUAUAUUAUUAAUCAGAUCUCAUAAUAUAAAUAUUUCUCAGUAAUGGAGAUUAAAUUGUAAAUUCGUUUGUUACGAAUAGUGAAUUAUUUUCAAAUUGUUAAUUAAUUUUUACUUAUACGUCUAAUCGAAGCUGAUUUAACAUAAAGAUCGUCUGUAAAAAGCGGUCACAUGAGCAUUCUCCGGAGUUGUCAGUGUCAGCUGUCACAGCCGACAGAAGUCAGCGUUGUUCAAUAUAAACAAUAUUGCCAAUAUUCAAUCAGCGAGAUCUCAAGAUAAAAUGAAUCUUUUUUUUAAAUACCCAACGAUUCUCCCAUCACAUGUCAGUAAACAAUGAAUUCCACGUCUACAAAUUCGGUGCGGCGGGAAUUUUCACACUUAGAGCUAAGAUAAAACAAAUAUAUAUUAUAUUUCAUUUGUCAAAGUAAAUUGACAGAAACAGAACAAAACUUAACAAAAACUAAAGUUUUACUGGUUAUUUCUAUAAUUUAUAAACACGUUGAAGUUCGGAGAAUUGUGGCUAUUGCAGUAUCGUUACUCUAGCUCCGGCCGAGCCCACUCAGCAACUCUCGGCUGGCACGUAUGCCUACGGUCCGACAAAAUGGAAACUUUUAUUAUCACAACAAGGUGUCGCCGAUUUCGGAAGUUUAGUGUACUGGUUCUUAAUAACAUUAUUGUUAACAUUACUAUAUUACUAUACUAACAUUAUUGUUGCUACAAUAAUGGCUAUUUCGAGCGAUUCAAUUAUCUGACCGUAUUAUCAGCAUGGUGAAGCUGGAAAGGCCUCCGGGCCACCAGUAAUCUUUCAAUCAUAAAAAAAAAAAUAUCAGCAAAGAACGGAAUAAUGUACUGUCACAUUAUGCGCUCCUCGACAGUGACAGCUGCUGUCAUAUCUCAUUUGUCACAAAUGACAGCCCUUGUCAAAUGUAUGCUCUAAAAUUAUGGAGGGCACUUCAACCCUCCAAAACUGAAAUGACUCAAAUGUUUGUUGUGGGCAUGUUUCUGAAAUUCGAUCUACGUUAAUAAACCAAGUAUGUAGUAGUGGUAACUCUCGCUAAGAAAUAGUUUAUUAUGGAAAUGUAAAAUUUGAGUUUCGUCUGACUUGUAUUUGUGAACAUAUUUUCUUUUUAUUGAAUAACGUAAAAGGUUCCUAUAAUAUUUACGUAGUGACAAUAAAGGCCCUGCUGGCUAACAAUAGACAAACGUUCAAUUUUUCUUUGCGUGAUUUGCCCCGGACAACGGUUUUAAUUUUAUAUCAAUAGCGUUAUAUGUAUAAGUCAGAUGAAAUAAGUAGCAUAGAGACGCUAAGUAUUUAAUUAAAAUAGAUAAUCUAUAUUAAUAGUUCGCUAAGCGAGUAGGCUACCUAUGUAUUCGUGUGGUAUUGUAUACACAUAGAUCUGAGUACGUUUUCAUGUCUGAAAUAAAAAAAAAAGUAGGUAUUUACAUCUUAACAUGCAAAAAAUAUUUGAUUAACCACGAAGUGAACACCAAUAUACAGAUUUAACUGAAUUAAAAAACGUGGCGGUUCUAUGAACUAUGUAAUUUUGAUUUUAUUUAUUUCACUUUUGAAGUCUGUUUUCAAUAUAUUUUACAAUCUUAAAUCCUCAUAUAAAUAUGAAAUUUAUAAAAUAAUUAUCCACUCUGUAAAACAAUUAAAAAACCGGAGAUUAUUAUAUGAGCAGAUGUUAUUAUAGUUAAUCUCAUGUUGUAAUAUUUUUUAUUUCAGCCGUGAUGCAUGUAAGUAAAGGACAAUGCAGUGGCACACAGCAUUCUGUAAUUGAUUUUAGACUGUUUAUUAUUAGGCUAUCUGUUCCAAUAAUCAAGGUAUCAUUACUUCAUGAAGGAUGUGUCAAACCAACUUGACACAGGUGAUGUUAUGAUAACGAUCAACAGCAGUAAGAGGACCUGACUUAUGUAAUAGGCAGAAUAGUGACAAGGGCUCAAGUGAUUAUUCUGCCUAAGACAUAGUCAUGGUUUUUGAUCUGCCUGAUCAACGGUUUCUUUUCUAGGUUGAUAUAACACAAAUAUACUUACUGGUGGUAGGACCUUUUGUGAGUCCGCACGGGUAGGUAUCACCACCCUGCCUAUUUCUGCCGUGAAGCAGUCAUGCGUUGCGGUUUGAAGGGUGGGGCAGCCGUUGUAACUAUACUGAGACCUUAGAACUUAUAGGUGGGUGGCGCAUUUACGUUGUAGAUGACUAUGGGCUCCAGUAACCACUUAACACCAGGUGGGCUGUGAGCUCGUCCACCCACCUAGGCAAUAAAAAUAAUGAAAUGUGUGUUACUGCGUGUCUAUUGUUAAGUUUUAGUUCAUUCCGUCGUACUUAUAGCUAGGUCGCACGCGCGGGUGAGUGUGAGAGUCUAGAUGCACUAGGUGUGCGUGACGUCAAACUUGUGACGUCAUACUGCAUAGAAAACUGAUUCUAGAAAGUUGUUUGCCUGUUAAAGCCAUAACAAUAUGUGGAAUGUGUGUAGGUUUAGUUUAUGUGUAACAUAACAACGUACAGAUUACUCGAGCCGUUCGAAACAGUAUUGGAGUAUUAAAUAUAUACAUUACAGCCUUGGCGACCGCGUCUCCAGCUCAGUUCCCGCUAGAUUACUAUGUAACUAUACUUGAGACCUUAGAACUUAUAUCUCAAGGUGGGUGGCGCAUUUACGUUGUGGAUGUCUAUGGGCUCCAGUAACCACAUCACACCAGGUGGGCUGUGAGCUCGUCCAACCAUCUAAGCAAUAAAAAAUAAAAAAAGGUUAGUGUCGAACGCAUUCACUCUUACACUAUGUGGAACAGUGGGAUAUUACAUAGUUAUUCGAUGGUCGUUAACUAAUUAUAAACUAUGCACACGUGAUUAUCGAUUUAACUUCAUGCGAAUUAUUUUGAUCGAUUUUCUCGAUCUCGAACUACACAAAAUCAAUUAUUAUAAAAUCUCAAAUCUGUAAUUGAAGUGUAAGUACAAAAGCGUUAAAUUACGUGUUAUGCAGUUAAUAUUAAAUACAAAUUUAUGUUAUCUAAAAAAGAAAAAUACAUUCGUAAAAUCGAAAACAAUAAUUCGUUUAAUCAUGCAUAAAUCGAUUUUGAAAAAUAAUGAGGCUUCAUUGCUCACGAGUACUUAAACAGAAUAUCUGUAUUGUUAUUGAAAUUUCGGAUAUAAAUGCAGCAUAAUUCGGCAUUGUGCGCCACUGAGUCGCAUUAUGCUCUGUAAUUAACCAUUACUUAAUGGUAGUUGUCCAAUUACAGAGCAUAAUGCGACUCAGUGACGCACAAUGCCGAAUUAUGCUGAAGGUUAGUUGAGCAUUAUGCCGCAUAAUGCGCUCUUGUGCUGUAAUUGGAAAACGGCCAUUAUAUAGGUAUAAUAACGUCACUCGUCAAAUUGUACCCGAGUAGAAUAUUUUUUUCUGUUGCACUUCGAUUUAAAGUUUAAAUACAUAAUAAAGCAAUAUCUACACGUGAGAGUAUUAAAGUUGUAUUCUGAGUUUACAGAGUUCUUUACUUGAAUUAAUAUUUUAAAAUAAUAUCUAUCUUAGGCAUGUAGAUAUCUUGUAAAUCUGAAAAGAAUGUCUUAAGUCACCAUGUGGUUAACGUCAAAAAAUUACAUAGUUUAAACAUUUUAAUAAAUAAGAUAUUUUUGUUUGUUAAGCAGCUUAGAUGUCUACAGUUCUCAAAUCGGCGUUAUAGCGUUAUCGUUCCAUAAAGUAUUAAAUAAAAAUUUGAAUGUUGAGUUUC